AUGGCGCCGAAUGCGAGCCGGACCUCGGCGCCAGUGGGUGCCCCGCCAACACCAGAGGAUCCCACAGUUCCGAGGGGACCCAACCCGGGCCAGAUAUCCAUCGCAAACCAGUACACAUUGGAGCAGAAACUGCGGCAGAUGCUGAAGGACAACGGCUGCGAUCCAGCACGGGAGGACAUAUAUCGUCUUCAAGGGGUACAGCUGAUCGACAACGUUCGCCAAGCCCUCCAACUUCCCGUUAGGACCUUCGAUACCGCAUCAAAUUACUACCACAAGUUCCGCCUCUCGUUUCGGGAUGCCGAAUACAACUACCAGGAUGCCGCGCUUGCCUCCCUGUUUGUGGCGUGCAAGGUAGAAGAUACGAUCAAAAAGUCAAAGGAGAUCCUCUGCGCUGCACAUAACCUCAAAUACCCAGACCACCCUCUGUCGCAAGAUGACAAGAACUUCGAGCCCACCUCCAAGAUAAUCAUCGGGCUCGAGCGUCUGAUUCUCGAAACCAUCGGCUUCGACUUCAGAGUGCGGUAUCCCCAGAAGCUGCUGGUGAAGGUUAUACGAAAGCUCGUCUCCGCGGACGAGGCGAGGGGCUUCCUCUCCGUCGCAUACGACAUGUGCAUCGACAUCUACAAGACCUUUGCUCCCAUCAAGCAGACGACCUACUCCAUGGUCAUGGCCGUCGUCGAGCUGACCGCCCUCAUUAGGGGGCGUAACACUGACGAUAUCAAGACACUCGACCCCUACAAGUGGCACACGAACCGAGGCUGCGUGGUGGAGACGAUGCUAGAUUUGCUAGACCUCUACACCCAGUUUGCAAAGUCCACCAAGGUGGGCGGGCAGUUCCCCCUUGACAAAUUCAUCGAUGUUAAGAUCAAGAUCAACAAGGAAGUGGAGGGAAACCUCAGGUUAUCUCGCUUCCAGACGUGGUGCGAAAGGUGUCAGGCGGAGGAGAAGGACAUCCACCCGAUAACCCCCGGGUCCGCGACGUCACCGGCAACCACGGGCUCGUAUCCCGGCAGUGGCACGGUGAAGCGGGGCAGCAGGGGUAGUGAGAGCGCGAUGCGAUUCGUAUUCGAUGCUGAGCAGGCGCGGGAGGAGACGGAGAUUGUCAGCGAGUAUUUCAAGGACGAGUUUGAGGAGUACGAGGUGGAAGUGGAGGAGGCGAUCCCCGAAAGCGAGCAUCCUCGCCCGGGGCGGAAUCAUCCCCGCCAUAAUCACAACCAUCGCGACCAUGGCUGGGCGCCGUAUCAAAGGAACCGCCACGGACAUCACGACCGCCACCAUAAGGGGCGAAAGGGGGGCCAUGGGGGUUAUUAUUAA